UUGAUUUGAUUUGGUUUCGAUAAGGGUAUGGUUUUGAUUGUUUAAUAGAACAAAAAAAGUGGAUCAAAUCAUGAGAGAGAAGAUUCAAGAUUGUCACUGAUCCAAUUUCAACACAUAUAUAUAGACCCACACAAGUUUUAUUUGACUCUUUUUUUUGUGACUGACAACUGAAGUUUGUUUUUGCGGCCAAAAGCAGAUUGAAGAAGAAGAAGCAUUACAGCUUCUGGGAGAAAGAAAGAAGAUAAAGGGUAAGCAAUUCACAAAAUCUUGGAGCAAAAUCACCCUUGAAAUUCACAUACAUCAAGAGAGUAUUGGGGGUUUUUAUUGGUUUUUAACACUGUCAGAUUCCUGGCAUUUUCUGUUGGCUCUGGUUCAGAACUUUACAGUGUAGGCCAACAUGUAAGGUCCAAUAAUUUAGCAAUUGAUAGAACAAGCCAAAGUGUUUGUGGCAUUUAACAUGUGUUGACCUAGAUUUGUGGAGCUGUUGGAUACAGACCUUUACUCUCCUUUGUGAAUCUAACAAAACCAGAUGGCUGGUGAUGAAGUAGGUAGUAGCUCUGAGUGGAGCUUUGAGCAGGAUAAAGCAUUUGAGAAUGCCUUGGGUACUUACCCUGAGGACGAUCCGGAUCGAUGGGAGAAGAUUGCUGCCGAUGUAACUGGGAAGACUUUGGAAGAGGUUAAACAACACUAUGAGCUUCUGGUUGAUGAUGUCAACUUAAUUGAAUCUGGGCGUGUGACUCUACCGGCUUAUAAUUCUACUUCAGAAGGCUCAACAGGCAAUGCUAGUGAUGAAGGAGGUGGCAAGAAGGGUGGCCAACCUUGGAAUUCGAACAGCGAGUCUAAUAAUGGAUCUAAGUCUUCAAGAUCAGAUCAGGAACGGCGUAAGGGUAUUGCUUGGACAGAAGAUGAACACAGGUUAUUUCUUCUUGGAUUGGAGAAGUAUGGAAAGGGUGACUGGCGAAGUAUAUCGAGGAAUUUUGUGGUGACAAGAACUCCUACACAAGUAGCAAGCCACGCCCAAAAAUAUUUCAUUCGUUUGAACUCGAUGAACAAAGAUCGAAGGCGAUCAAGCAUACACGAUAUCACCAGUGUGAACAAUGGAGACGUGUCGGCACCUCAAGGACCAAUCACCGGUCAAACGAAUGGUUCAGCUGGAAACUCCACGGGAAAGUCACCAAAACAAGGCCCUCCAACCCCAACUGGUCCUCCAACUGUAGGACUAUUUGGUGCUCCGACCAUUGGACAACCGAUAGGAGGAGGACCCCUUGUGUCUGCAGUUGGCACGCCAGUGAAUCUUACUCCUCCCGCACACAUGGCUUAUGGUGUCCGAGCUCCGGUUCCCGGGGCUCCGAUGAACAUGGGUCCUGUGGCAUACCCCAUGCCCCCAACAUCUCAUAGGUGAUGUGCUGUUGUGAGGCCUAAUGUACAGAAAAACAGCAAAUAGAUAUGGCUUCUGAAUUUUAUUGUUCUUUUCAUUUGACAAUUAUUUGAAAUAAGCAACACCGUGGAUGAAGCAAUUUGAUGUUCUCUGUUUUGGAAGCAGUUGACAGCAUAGAAGUAGAGUGGUUUCAUAGACAAUUUUAACUUCUUAUUAUUUUUAGUCAUAAUCAUAAUCAUAAUAUAUAUUAAAAUUGUGGAUAUGUCUUGUAUUUCAGUAAGGUGUAUAAGUUGACAGUUGCCACAUAAUGUUCUUGAUCAAAUUUACAUUUCAUUCAUUGAAUUAAAUUUAUAGAUCACACUGGAUGAAUGAGAUGUGAGUCGACAAUGUAUUUCACUUGUAAUAUGUUGUAACGCUUAUACUUAAUAAUACAUAAUAUAAGAAGAUCCCCAUCAAUCA